CACGAAGCCCCACCUUCCUGUUCUACGUUGUUGCUGUGGCAGUGACUUCAAAAGUGACGUACUAAAUUGUCAAGUCUAAACGAGCCUGAAAGAAAAAAAAAAAAGAUGUUUCCAGUAAUGAGUCAACAGACCACCACGGCACAAAUUAAGUGUGUCGAGAAUGACAGUAGCUGUGUUUUUAACAACAUAUUUUUAACAUUAGGCGUUGAUAUGAAUAGAACGGAUAAGAAUGGGAAAGUCCCUUUACAUCACUACGCAGCGCAGAGCAAUUUAUGUUUUGCGGAACUUUUAUUAAAAGGAGGCGCGGAUGUUAACGUCAAAACAAAAGAGAACCAUCGAGGGAGAACCCCUUUAUUUAUCAGCACCUACCUAGGUCACACAGAUUUUGUUGAGUUACUUUUGAAAUGGAAAGCAAAUGUUAAUGAAUUGAAUGGUUUUGAACAUAAAACAGCUUUACAUUUGUGUGCUCAAAAUGGAUAUGAAAAAAUAGGUGAUAUGUUGUUGGCUGCAGAUGCUGAUGUAAAUCUAGUUGACUGUCGGGGUCACACAGCUUUACAUUUUGCUGCUGCGAAAGGAAGUGAGAAACUCGUUAGGUCACUGUUAGAAAAAGGUGCGGUAAUUAAUAGCAUCGACCAUCUUGGUAAAACAGCUUUGCAUCACGCAGCACAGACGGGUAAAAACAACAUUCUCGAUGUUUUACUUAAAGCUGGAGCCUCGGCAAACAUCAGAGACAAGGGUGGUCGAACAGCUUUACAUGAUGCUGCCCUUAACGGGCAUACAGAAACAGCUUUAACUCUGGUGAAGUUAGUUGAUAAUCCUAACGCCGCAGACGAUGAGGGACUAACAGCUUUACACUACAGCUGCUGGUGCGGUCUUACGGAGGUUGUCCUUGCGUUACUGGAAGCCGGAGCCGAUGUUGACGUCAGAGAUAAGUACGGGAAAACCCCAUUGUACUACGCUGCAUGGUUUCAAACGGUUUCUCUGGUGAAAGUACUAAUCCAACAAGGUGCUAACCUUGACAUUGAAGAUACUUUAGGAAAGACAGCCUUGGAUAUUGCCAUUAUGGUGUCAAAUGAUGAAGCAGUUGCUGCUCUAAAACAACAUGGUGCUAAGUUUUCAAUAGAAAACAAAGAGAAAAUGGACGAAGUUUUGGACUGUUCAAGGCGCAGAAAGAGAUUUAGACCAGUGACAUAUGCUAGAAAGAAAACUACACCAUCUAUGAAUACAAGACUAACAACUUCUAACACUACUCCAUAUGCAAUUGAUGAUAUUACCCCAAUUACUGAUAUUGCACCAUCAGCUAUUAGUACAACACCAACAGUUUCUACCACUAGAUCAAAUGCAAGUAAUGAUACUACCGCAAGUGCUGAUAAUACACCAUCUAUGAAUACAACACCAAAAGCUUCUACCACUGCACCAGAUGCAAGUGAGGAGACUACCCAAAAAACAACUUCAUCGCCAUGUAUGACAACGCCACCAGCUUCUACAAAUACACCAUCUAUGGAUACAACACCAACGGCUUCUACAACUACACCAGAUGAAGUUAAUGAUACUACCCCAAGGAAUGAUAAUGCACCAUCUAAGGAUACAACACCAACUACUUCUACCACUACUCUACAUGCAAGUGAUGAUACUAACCCAAGUACUCAUACUGAACAAUCUAUGAAUACAACACUAACAGCUUCUACAUUUACUCUAGAUGCAAAUGAUGAUACUACCCCAAGUACUGAUACUGAUACAGCACCAUCUAUGGAUACAACACCAACAACUUCUACCACUACUUCAGAUGCAAGUGAUGAUUUCCUUGACGUAAUUCGGUGCGCUCUAAAUACCGAAGUGACUAAAAAUUUUGAAAAUCAAAGUACUAGCAGCACUGGAAAUAUUCAUGUAAAUGUGAAUGUAAAUUACAAUCCAACCAUCAUUAAACACUGCGAAGAAGUAAACAUAAAUAAACCAAAGUACGUAGCCAUCGACAGCAAACUAAAUCUCUUUGUCGGAAAAUCCUAGAGCAUCGUUUAACGGAUGGCAACUUCAUUCGUCAAGUUUAGAGAAGUCUGUGAGAGAGGACUCUCCAUAGGUUAGAUCUAGCCAGCGAAUGACUGCCCCAGUGUGGCACAAGACUGAUAUACUGGCUGGGUACAGGGUAGACUGUGUUUGUGUAGCAUAUAGAUCAAAUGUAGACUAUGUUUAGAUACUAUAUAUAAAAUACGUAGACAAUAUUAAUUAUGUAGACCAAUGUAGAUUUGUAAAAGUGUUAUUUCACUUGCCAUUGACAAGAGACAUCUCUCAUUAUUUGAAUUUAAUAUGGAAAUUGAAAUAAUGUUAGAACUCAAAUUUAGUGACUAAUUUAGUAACUGUUUUAACUGUUUCUUAC